UGCUCCUCCAAAUGAAAGCUGGUCACACAGCAGAUCAUAUGUUCACAACAAAACGCUCAAAAUACACCAGAUCAAUAAACAAAGCGGCGCAAUCCUGAGCAUUAAUUGCUACACAAACAAUACAAACAAAUGGCGGAAACUCGCCGACGUUUUCGCAACAAGAAGCGGGAUGAUGGACGCCAGGGCGGCGCACCUUCCACGCCGGUGACAAUAGCGCGUCGUGAAGAUGCGCGCAAUGCGCUGGUGCAACCAAAGAUAUUGCUCAAAAAGGAGACGGAGAGCAACAACAGUAACACGGGCAGCAGCAGCAGCAAUAACGAGCCACAGUUGCUCACCGGCAGCACAUCUGCGAUUAAGACGAUCAUCAUCAAUCGCAGCAGCGAUGCCACACGUCACAGCAGCGAACGUGGCAUGCCCACGGCGACGACAUCGGCCUCCGUGUGUGCCGCACUGACCACCGCAAGCAACAAAGAGAAACCUCAAGGUGGAGCAGGAGCAACAGCCGCAGCUUCAACGGCAGCUGCAGCUGGACAGGAUGGGAUGUUGGGACCGCCGCGAAUGACACGACCCACCACGCUGCUGAUGUCGAAUGGGGCCUUCAAUGCCAAUGCCCGCAAAUUGUUUCACAAAACCAACACGGACUUCACCGUCAUCGGUGUGCUGGGCGCUCAAUCGGUGGGGAAAUCGACGUUGUUGAAUCUGCUGAGCGCUGAACGCGAUGCCAACUACGAUUACUAUGGACAUUUGUUUGCACCAGACGCUGAUGAAUGCAUUUUCUCCACCCGACAUCGUUCAAAGACACAGCAACAACAAUCGCAACAGCAACCACAGCAGCAGCAACAACAAUCAAAAUCACGACGCACCGAAUCCUUGCAGUUUUUCAUAACACGCGAACGUUUUGUGCUGCUGGACUCGGUGUCCUUCGGCAAGGAGGCAGAAGAGCAACAAGAGUUGCCAACGCUAUCGCUCAUCAUGCAACUGCUAAGCGUGUGUCAUGUUCUCCUGCUAGCGGUGGAUGAACUGAGUCUGGAGCAAGUGCGUCUGCUGCAGACAGCUUUGCGUCUGCGACCCCGCUCACCCAUCAAGAGCUAUGUGCCCGGCCAUCUGCCGCAGCUGAUGUUUGUGCGCACUCGCGCUCAGCGACAGCAUUUUGAGCCCGCUUGGCGUGAGUGCUUCGAUCGCCAGUUGACGCUGCUCUUCGAGGCCAGCGGAUUGCCCAUGCAUCGGGGACGCGGUGAGGCGCGGGUUAUCAACAGUUUCGUGCUGCCUCUGGUGCGCAGCAAUGCGGCCACCUGCCAUCAUCCGGAGCUCUUUGAGUUAGUCCGUGAGUUUCGCGAACGUGUGCUCACCAUGCAACGCAUCUCCAUGUGUCCAAGUCAUGACUUUAGCGAGUCGCUGUGGUUCGAUCUGAUGGCAGAGACGACCCGGAAAUGCAAUUCAGAUAGCCAGCACUUUGAGAGCAUCUUCGGAGACAUCAAGCAUCGGCAUUUCGAGUCGCUGUGCUCAAAGAGUUGGCGCAACAACGAAGGCGUCACUUCUGUCUCUGCUUCUGCCUCGAACUCGUGGCGCAACGAUGCCUGAACAGAGAGAGAGAACGCAUGCAUGAGAGCGGGACAGCGAUAGAGUAGCGUUUAAGCUUAAGUUACAAUUAAAUAAGAUUUUUGUAUAAAUAAAUAAUAGAUAUUGUUAUGCAGAAGAUAAAAAUGC